UAGUUCGGGGAUCGUAUUCGAAAUGGACCAAUGUAACAUCAGGGGUACCACAGGGAACAAUUUUAGGACCUAUUCUGUUUUUAAUUUGUAUCAACGAUCUCCCGAAUGAAAUUGUAAGUCACGUCAAGCUGUUUGCAGAUGAUACAAAAGUGUACCGAAAGCUAUCGGACCCAGAGAACGACAGGGAAAUACUUCAGUCAGACUUGAACCGUAUGAGCGAGUGGACAAAUUUGUGGCAAUUGAGCUUCAAUCUUGAUAAGUGCGAAGUUAUGCGGAUAACUCAUCAUAAAGAUAAAUCAAUACCUGAAUACUACCUGUCUGACAAGAAACUAAAAGAGACUCUCCAUGAGACCAGCUACUCAAUGUAUCAUCCACAUAUCUGAACCAGAAACCAACAUACUAGGACAUAAGGUUUAUAGGAAACCAACACAUACAGACAUGUAUCUGCAUUAUAAUUCAUUUCAUCAUCCUUAGUAUUAAAAACUCUGUGUGUAAGACACUCAUCAACCGAGCGAAAACAAUUUGUGAGGUAAGUAACAUUGACGAUGAAUUACAACAUUUAAGAAAUGUUCUAAAAAUGAAUGGUUACCCACGGCAUUUCAUAGAUAAUGCUAUGAAAAUGCUGCAAAGUAUACAGCAGAAGAUUGAAUAUCAGUCGUCUGUUUGUCUACCAUACAUUGGUCCGGCUUCACACAAAAUCGUAAGAAUUUUGAGGAAUGAAGCAGGUAUAAAGGUAUACCAUUCCACCAAAAACAAAUUGUUUCGAGCUCUUUGCACACAUAAGGACAACAUAAAUGAAUCUCAGAAACCUGGUGUCUACCGCAUUCCUUGUGAAUGUGGUCUGGUUUACAUUGGUGAAACUGGUCAAAAUCUCUCAGUACGUCUUAAGGAACACAAGAUGAAUUGCGAGAAAGCCCAGCAAGAUAAAUCUGCUGUGGCUAAACAUACUUGGACUUACGACCAUUGUAUAAAAUGGGACGAAGCAACCAUUUUGGCGAUUGAUAGUCAUAAGUUCUCUAGCAAAAUGAGAGAGUCAAUUGAAAUCGAGAAGCACAAUAUUAUAGAUCAGAAGGGAAAGCCACUAGAUAGUACGUGGCGUGCUCUCUUUAAUGUGCAAAAUUAAUUACUCUUGUCUUGGAUGCGCGCGCGUUAAUUGGAAUCACUUCACUACGUUUGAAAUGACGUGGUUGAUGUGCCGUUUAAUUAAAUUUCAAAUGACGCGAGCCAACAGAUCACGACACUUUUGUAUAUAAAAGAGCGUGUGAAUUAAACAAGUUACAUAUUAUUAGCACUGAUGAAGAUCCGGGUUUACGGAUCGAAAGCUUUGCAGUAAUAAAUUUACAUGGUGUUUCCACAAACAAAACUAUUAUAUUUUACCACCAUGCAAACAUACAAAGAACUUAUAACAAUUGUAUUAUACAAAAGAAGUGAAACUCCAAAAAUCGAUAACAUUUUUAUUUAUCUACGUUUCGACUAUGUUUCAGUCAUCACCAGGAUGAUGAUAAUAUGGUGGACUGAAAUAUAGUCGAAACGUAGAUAAAUAAAAAUGUUAUCGAUUUUUGGAGUUUCACUUGUUUUGUAUUUUAUUAAAAUACUCAGUGGUUCUAAAAAUUUUUGGUUUACAACUUUAUUGAUGACAGUGAAAUAACAAACAUGACUGAAGACUGAAGUCUUGCAAGAUUUUGUAAAUCUCAAAACCUUUCUGAGAGCCAAAAAGCACUAAAAAUGUCUAAAAGGUAAGUUUGCUUUAAAUAUUGAUGUAUUGUUUGUUUUAUAAUUGGUAUAUUUAUAUUAACUGAUGUGAUCGUUGCAUAUAUAAGUGAGAAAAGACAGCAUAUAAUUUCAAUGUUAUUUUAUUACUUACCCUUUCUUUGUAUAUUAAAAUACUUAAAUAAAGAGUAAAGCAAAGUUAUUUUCAUGAACAAUUGAAUAAUAAUUUGCGAGAAAAAUCUUCAUAAUAAUUUGUGCGAAUUUGAAAUCAGUUUAUUUCAAACUCAAUAUUUGCCAAUAAUAAUUUGAUAAAAGGCUGUUUAGUUUUAAGAACAUUUUAAAAUGUUUUGUGAAGCGUUUGUGGUUCAAUUUUACAUUAAAUUGAAGCUUAUAUUACAGGGAUGUUUCAAUUUUAAAACUAUUCUUAAAAUUAUUAACUACUUUCAAUUCUUCAUGUUCAGAAAACAUAAUGGUUUUGUCAGUAAGGCAAGGGUUUCUGCAUGUAUGUAUUUUCUAGUAUAUAGUUAAUACGUCCCCCUCUUGAAAAAAUUAUUUUACUUACUUAAUAUUCACUAAGUUGUUCUUUAGAUAGUUAAUAAAUUUCCCCCUGCUCUUUGCUUUUAGAAUUAAUUGUCUACAUUUAGUCCUUUUAGAAUUAAUUGUCUACAGUUUAGACCAAGGAGAGCUAUAUAAAGAUCUUUUGGUUCGCGGUUUCAUUUGAAGGCAUCGAUAGUGCUUCAUCUUCCAUUAUCAUCUGCAGAACAGCAGAGGUCUUCGGCAACACAUUUCAGUGGCAAUGUCUCUCUCAUCCAUGUCAACUGGAACAAGAUAAUCUUGUGUUUGCCUUUCCUGCAGACUAAAAUACAGUAUGUCUGGUCGACUAGGUGGAGAUUCUGCAUUUCUGGUAGGCCGGAUCCUAUGAAGGUUCCACUUUCUUGCUUCUGUAUGCAGUUCUGACUGUAGAAUGUCCAUGAAGCAGAAUUUAAGGCAUUCACAUUGAAUAAUGUUGUUAUCUAUGAGGGGUGGAAUGGGACAAAAAUAUAAAUUGCGAAAGACAGAUGUUUUCGGGCAAUGUUUCAUGUUUUCGGGCAAUGUCUCAUGUCAUCGGGCAAUGUCUCAUGUUUUUGGGCCGUAUGUUUUCGGGCAAUGUCUCAUGUUUUCGGGCAAUGUCUCAUGUCAUCGGGCAAUGUCUCAUGUUUUCGGGCCGUAUGUUUUCGGGCAAUGUCUCAUGUCAUUGGGCAAUGUCUCAUGUCAUCGGGCCGUAUGUUUUCGGGCAAUGUCUCAUGUUUUCGGGCAAUGUCUCAUGUUUUCGGGCCGUAUGUUUUCGGGCAAUGUCUCAUGUCAUCGGGCCGUAUGUUUUCGGGCAAUAUCUCACGUUAUCGGGCGGGUUGGGAUAAAACACGGAUACGGAUGGCAAGGAUACGGAUGGGGGGGGGGAUAAAACAAGUACCGCAUCAAUAAGUACGAAAUUUUUGAGUACCUGUUGAACUGAGGAAGAUAAGGCAAAGAUUCAGUUUAUUUACUUUAUUUAUUUAAACAUAUUUAUGCGUUUGCCCCAAGAGCGAUAUAAGCUAUUUUAUUUACUUCAUACUUUUAAGAAUACUAAAUUUACUGAGGAAGCUCGACUGAACAAAGACACUCGACACGUAUUAGUUACUUGCUUGUACUAGAAAUUUACGUUUGAACCUUUUAUGUGUCUGAGUUAAUGCCCGCUGUUUAUGCACUAUAAAGAAAGCACUUUUUAGUUUAAUCACUUGUAUAUAAUUAAAGACGUUAUAUUCUCACACUUAUGUCGCUCUGCAUAACACGCCAGCAGAUUACAAGACGAGUUUUAUUACGUAGUGGGUUUAUCAUUUGUGUUUAAAUUUUUUCUGAUAUUUCACAACUUCAAUUUUUACCUUACAAGCGAAUAAGAAUAUCAAAUAUACAAGUCAACACAAAAUCAGAAAUGAAUUACUGGCAACUUUCCGCUCAAAAAUUAUUUUUCCCGCGCGUAAUGCAAAUAUAUACAAAAUUUGCGAACUUUAGACCCCGUUUACACGGUACCGGAUGAAUUUGGGACCGGAUUAAAAUUCGUCUUUUCCGGCCUUCCGUUUACACGAGAACCACGGAACUGGACACAUUUGAGACCCCCUAACAGGACGGAAAUUCGCGACCUGAAAAAAGUAGAUCUGAUUUUUUACCCAAGCGGUUUUAAAUUCGUCCGGUACCGUGUAAACGGGGUCUUACUUUGCUAUAUUUUCCCCAUUUCGCAACCAAACUUUGCAAUUUUACUCAUUUUAAGAUGCUCUAUCUAUAGAUGUGGCGUUGGAUUUCGUUCUUCUUGUCUAGUUCAAAGUUUUCCAUGCGUGUACGUAUGAAUAAUGGCUGCAAAUCGUAAUUUCUAAGACUAUUUUUACAAGUUGAAAUUGCCAGUAAUUCAUUUCUGAUUUUGUGUUGAAUUGUGUUUGAUAUUCUUAUUCGCUUGUAAGGUAAACAUUAAUAUUGUGAAAAAAUUCUGAUUAUAUAAGAAAAAAUUUAAACACAAAUGAUAAACCCGUACCGUAUAAAACUCGUCUUGUAAUCUGCUGGCGUGUUAUGCAGAGCGACAUAAGUGUAAGAAUAUAACGUCAUAUAGGCCUAGAAAGUGUAGCAAGUGAUUAAACUAAAAUGUGCUUUCUUUAUAGUACAUGAACAGCGGGCGUUAA